GUCUCCCUCGUGCUCUCUCGCUCGCGCCCCCUAGUGGUAGAACAUGGCGUUUGCCAGUCAGUGCGCGCGAGGUUAAUUAUUUAGCUAACUUGUACUCCUCAGGGAACAGUGUGACGCGGCGCGUUGCCGAGAUAUGAGCACCUGUUGCAUCUUGAUAUGGACGAUUUGAGAAGCAGGAAUGGCACAGAGGGAAACGAGGACGAUGGCGGACACACGGUUGUAUCGGUUGUCCCCUACAGAGACGAGGACGCGGCGUUCCCCAAAGUUGCCGGUGAUGAGGAGGAGGAGGAGGAGGAGGAGGACAGAGAAAGUCGGCUGCGAGGCAGUUUCAGACUACACGAGGAAGGUGAUGGCGGUACCGGCGGCAUGUCACAGAAAAACUCACGCAAAUGCGCCGAGUGUUUGUGUUUUAAACCCGGGCACGAGCCCGAGGACGACACGGAGUCACGCGCAGCACUUCCGAGAGAGAAGAAAGCAUGUUCUGGCCUGGGCCUCAUCUACACUCUCCUGGCCUCAGUCUUCUUUUCAGUUGCUGCUCUUCUCGUGAAGAAACUCGACGGUAUUCACGCUGUGGAAAUCAGUGCAAUCCGCUGCUUUUUCCAGAUGCUGUUCGUCAUUCCAGCCAUGAUCUACCAUAAGACUGGUUUCCUGGGACCCCGGGGAAUGCGGGUGUACCUGUUUCUGCGAGGUUUCCUCGGUUCCAUCGCUAUGAUCCUGCUGUACUACGCCGUGCUCCAGAUGCCCCUGGCUGAUGCCACCGUCAUUACAUUCAGCAACCCUGUCUUCACAUCCUUGCUGGCUUGGAUCUUCCUCAAGGAGCGCUGCACUAUAUGGGAUGUGAUAUUCACCAUCUUCACCCUCACCGGUGUUAUCCUAAUAGCGAGGCCGCCCUUUCUCUUCGGGGGCGAGAUCUCUGGCAUUGAGGGCAACUACGACAACCACAUAAAGGGCGCCGUAGCUGCCUUCUCAAGCGCCGUUGCGGUAGCAUGCACGAUUGUCAUCUUGAGAAAGAUGGGCAAGAAUGUGCAUUACUACCUCUCUGUGUGGUAUUACGCUGUCCUGGGUUUCUGUGAGUGUAUCGCGGUGAUGUUCAUCAUAGAUGAGUGGGCAAUACCAUCAUGCGGCUGGGACAGGUGGAGCCUGGUGGCCAUUGGGAUCCUGGGCAUCGGUGGCCAGAUAUUCCUUACCAAAGCACUGCAGGUCGAGAAGGCCGGCCCUGUGGCACUCAUGAGGACCACGGACGUGGUGUUGGCCUUCAUACUGCAAUUCCUCUUCCUUAAUCUCAAGCCGACGUGGUGGAGCGUCACUGGAGCAUUGUGCGUGAUUAGCAGCACCACCGGAGUGGCGAUCAGAAAGUGGUACAGCAGUACUAGACAUACAGCUGAGUAAAAAAAAAGCCUUAGUACACAGAGUUGACAUUACAUACACUUUUCUAGUACUUAAUUUCCUGGCAACAAAAGUGUAUUUUCCAUACACGCUGAGUUUAUUAGUCCGUUUAUUAGGUGCUCCUAGGUAUACACAACUCUGUAUAAUGUCCUACUCUGACCGAGUAAUCUAAAAAAGAUUUUUGUAGAUGAGAUAUUAUGCAUCAGUUUGUUUGGUAAUUGUUAUACCAAAGAUCCUGGAUUUUAUCUACAUUUUGAAAAUGACUUUACAUUUUAUAUAUUACUAUAGAAUUUGCUACUAUAACUUUUAUACAUCGUUACGGCAUCUUUAUCAUGUUUAUCAACUUUAAUUAACUUUCUAUUUAGGUAUACUUAUGUAUAUUUAUUUUUCUAAAUUAAGCAAGAAUGAGAUCCUGUAUUUAUAGAAAUGUAUUAUUAUUAUUAUUAUAGACUGCUGGACAGAAAAUUAUUCUGAAAGAGAGUGCUUCUGCACUCGACCACUGAGGCAGCAAUAUUUUUUUUUUUUUUAGAGGCUUAAUUUAAAAAAAGUGCCAUGAAAUGUCAUGGACACACCUGCUGUAUUUUAUUAGUAAUAAACAGUUUUAAUUGAGCAAAUAUGAUAUUAUAACUUUGAUUGAGUUUGACUGAAUGUUAUAAAGCACUUCUCUGAAAAUUAUAAACCUUGACUUAAACUUUGUUCCAGUGUAGUCUAGGACAUUUUACUGCACAAACAUUAACAAGAUAAAUAUUGAUUUAUGCUUUUAUUUAUUAAUUUGUUUAAGCAUAUUGCACACUUAUUGCACAAGACUAAAAUAAUGCACUUUGCUUGAUUGUUCAUACGACAUAUUUUUGCCCAAUUUGACAGUUUGCUCCAAUUAAGAACAUUUUAACCUUUUCUUAUGGAUUCAUUUGAUGUAAGAACGCUUCAUGUUUGUAUAACAUGGAAGUACUUGGCACUGACUAUGUCAGGGUAAUCAAAAGCACUCACUGAAUGAGUAGCGUAAUUCAUCUGUUGCCUUAAAACUUUGCCAUGAUGCAAUAUCUGUUCAAAUCCAUCCAUACAAUAUUCCAUCCAUUCAUGUCAUUUAUUUGACUUUGAGUUGACAGUUUAAAUAAAGUCUGCUGUAUUGUUUA